GGUUAUGGGCAAUAUAGCUGAUAAGAGGAACGUACAAAAGUAGACAAGAGAAAUAUCUGAAGGGAAUGGCUGUUCGCCUGUGAUAGCAACUACCCUUUUGGCGAAAUGAGUGGUUGUUUGGAUGGAGUUUCAUGCCCAAGCUGGAGUGAAAACAUAGCUGAACAGAGAAAUCUAAUUUCGUCAAUCGUCAGCGGAGGAUUGGUGAGGUCUAAUUUAGACCCUAAAAAUUUUUUUAUCGGCUGGUGGAUUCUUAUUGACGCUGCUGCUGCCAAAGAACCAUUUGACCCUGCCUUCCACACACCUGGCGUGUUUUCAACUUUAGCACUGUUCAUGAUAAAUGCUGUAUCCAAUGCUCAAGUGCGAGGAGAGUCUUAUUAUUCCGGAGGAUGUCUUGGGCAAACAGGUGCAAGAGUGUGGCUUCUUAAUGGAUUUCUUAUGGCUUUUGGCGGACUGAUCGCUGCAUGCUGGAUUCUCUUUGGUGCUUAUGUUGUACCAGAUAAAGACAAUACUUGGCCUGGAGUAGCCAUUUUCCUUCAGAAUGCAUUAAUAUUUUUCAGUGCAUUUGUGUUCAAGUUUGGUCGAACGGAGGAUUCAUUUUAGCUGAAUAUAAACUUGCACAGAGGAGCUCCUGGCAGUGGAGAUACUGAUAGGCAAUACUGAUACUGAUAGGCAAUACACCCAGAUUAGGCUGUUUUAUAUCACUGAAUUGCUGCACAAUUUAGAGGCAUGAUAGGAUUUAUAAGUUCGUGUGUUGUAAGUCUGAUCUGAGAAAGAAACCCAAAGGAGGUGCUUCGCUAUAAUCAUGAAGGGGGGUCACACAGAGCCAAAAAUGUGAUACCAGAAAAUACAGGAGGAAAACUUAUCAACCAAUCAUACCUGAGCCUGAAUUCUAAAAUCUCAACCCCCAAAAAUAUGUUGCCCCCUGUCCUGCUACUAUCCCAGUACCCCCCCCCCCCCCCCUGGAAAUGUGACAUUACAGAAUUCACUUCUUACCCUAUUCCUCUUUAGCAUUACACAUGUCACAUGUUUUAACUAUUGAUUGCCCAGUGCAGCGUUUUUGGAGUGGGGGGCAAGGAAGUUAAAAAUUAUAACAUGACCAUGACAUUUGGGCUGUGUACAGUUAGUACACAUCGAAAUGCCUAGGGUGGGCUGAUGGGGUGGCAUGGCCUAUUUUCUUUUUUUUACAUAAAAAUUGGACAAACAUUGAAAUAAAAAAAUCCACACAAAACAAACAAACAAUCCAUCCUUACCCUGAAAAGGGUUAAGAAUGGUAGUUUUGAGUUUAGUAUAGGCUGUAUAUUGCUAACUUGAAAUUAUGUAGAGCAAGCCAAGUAGAUCACCAGGUUGAUUACAAAAAGAUUGGUGGACAUACUUUUAUCAGGGUACUGUAUUAUUCCAGUACUAGAAAUGUGUGCAGGCCUAUAUCCAGUUGGAGGUGUGCACACGUAUAAAUAUUCUGAGAGGUGAGAAUAUUUUGUGAAAUUGUGUAAAAUCUGGUGAUUUUUGUGGCCUGCUAAAUAAAUAUAUACUGUAAAUGUAGGGAUGAAUUACUUUUUUAAGAAUUAAUUUUUUAAGGUCUCGUUAAAUGUAAACGACGCGUCCGCGGAAAAAAAUAUUGUCGCGCCGCAAUUUUCGCUUCAUGUACAAACUAUAUAUAAAAUAAAAGAUUGAAUUAUCUCC